GGACCAAUCAAAUCAGUCCACAGCUUCAAAACAUCCAAUCAGGCGUGAGUCUGGACCUGCUUUUCUACUGAACUCACAAGUUCAUUACCUCACUAUCACUUUGUCUAAACAGGAACGAUGAUCACACUCUUUGUCGCGCUUUACUCUCUUUUUUCUCUCUGCACAGCUGUAAAAACUUCUGACAUCAAGGAGCUUCAUGUGAAAACAGUAAAGCGUGGAGAAAAUGUAACUAUGGAGUGUAGCAUGAGCAAGGUCACAAACAAAAAUAAUUUAGCUUGGUACAGACAGAGUUUUGGAAAAUUGCCUCAGCAUUUUGUAAGAUAUUACGGGACUAAUAGCUCCACAUUUGUUGAUGGAUUUAAAGAUAGCCGCUUCAGAAUGACUGUAAAUGACCAGAAGUUUGAUCUCAACAUUAUCGGAACGAGAGAAGAUGAUGGAGGAGACUAUUUCUGUGGAGAAGUGGAGGUAACUGCACUAAAGUUCACAUCUGGAACACGUCUGCAAUUUGAAGGUGAAGAGAUGAAACACUGUCCUACACCUGGAACGGUUAACAUCAACACAGAUUCUGUUACAGGGCAGGAUUCAAAUUCCAGCCAUGGAGAAGGUUCCAGUUGUCCUGAUCAGAUGCAUGUGCUGGUCUGGCUCUCCAUUUUUAGAGUUGGAGUUCUUGCCUUCAUGCUUCUUAUCUUUCCAAUAAUCCUGAUUGUUUUCAAAUUAAGAUCAAAUUAGAAAUUCAGAUACAAAUGGAAGAAAUACUAAUUUAAGGAGAAAACAGUGUGUUAGAUUUAACUAGAGCUAAUUGCUUAUAUUGUCCGUAUAUUGGAAUGAUUUUGGUCACAUUAGACAUAUCACACACAACUAUAAUGUAAAAUAAAAAUUUUAUGCACACUAGAUAGUUGAAGUUAUUCACAAUAAACUUUGAUGUUGUCUUGAGAAAGCCGUCUGAAGGUUUUAAAGUUGUAUAAGCUUUUAAUUGAAUAAUUUGGAAAGAGAAAGAAAUACCUUGCUAGCAUGAACUAGCAUGUAUUGCUAGCAUGUUUUCGCAUGU